GGGCUAUAUCCGCUGGGCAAGUCCAUUCGCGCCAGCUUCGCGGGGCUUUCCGAGCCCUGCGACAUGCUGCCGUGCACGAUUGCUACAGUAGAACUUGUAAUGGGUAGACCAUCGCCCCAAUGGUCCACCGCUGUUUGAGAGCACGUAUUUGAGGCGGAGCUCAGUCGCUGCCGCCGUCGAAAUGGCAUUCAUGGUUAUCAUCCGCUUCGGCUGGCAUUCUCCGCUCUUCCGCCCUUAAAGAGCUCAAUUGGAUGCACAUUUUGCACGGCUACUUCAAGGUGGAACAGUACUAUAUAGUCAAGACGAACAUUCUCGAUACAAAUUUUGGGACAGGCCACAAACAAACACGAGCGUUGCUUUCUUUGGGGACGGGGACUCGAACUUGCGCCGUCAGUUGCUUCAUCUGCGCGGAACAUGGCGGUCAAGCGAUAAAUGGCGUCAUCAAUAAGCUUGAUUGGGAGGAAGUCGAAGCUACUUUGCUUUCUGCUAAGCGCGAUGGCGCAGAUCCUGGAUUUGAAGUUUGCGAGCCUCGUUGGAAGACUGGGAGAGAUAUGUCAAGACGGAGAAUCAAGCACUGGUGUCCAGGGCGAUGGCAUUUGAAGAUGGUAGAAUCUACGCUGUCGAAGUCCCUUCUGGUGCCCACGAUGGAUUCUGCCGUUUCCUAUAGUUGGCAGUGCUGUCUGCAACUGGUACUGGUGAUCUGCACUUGGUGCCGCGUGGAUCGAGUUACGUUGAAAGUCUCCGAAAACUCGAGCCCGAUUGCAGUUUUGGUCCUGCUCCUGGCAUUGGUGCCAUUCGUCCCGGUGGCAUGACGUGGAUCGAAUUCCACACAUUGAAGGUGGAAGUGGGCGUCUCACGAGGAUGGCCGUAUUUGAAUCGGAAAGCGGAUCAUUGGAGGCAAUUUCCCGGCGUCCAAUACAUUCUCUGCAUUCGUCUAUCACCAGCGCUACGGGUUCGUGAGUACACGCUCUACACGGUGGAUAAUCGAGCAAAUCCACUACCGCUCAUAGAUCCGUCCGCACUCCCCUAGGGUUCUCUCGGCCCAAUGUGGUGAUCAAUUUAUUUCCGCUUGUAGAGAGGCUAAUUCAGGAAAACCAGUGAAGACAUGUUUGUGUCGAUGCAUUUCGUAAUGAACUACAUGUACUUGUAAUAUUCUCACCAUC